GCGGCAGGAGCUGGUUCCGGCUGCGCGCGCAGCGGUGGUGGCGGCGGCGCGAUCGGCCGGGCUGUAACCGUCGUCUGUCCGGGAGCGGCUGGAGCGGCAGCGGAGGUCGGGCACGGCGCGAGGCGACGCCACAGGGCAGUGGCGGCAGCGGCGGCAGCAGCAGGAGACGCAGCGGCGGCCGCAGCAGCAGCAGCAAGACGGACUCGUGGACACGCGCCGCCGCCGCCGCCGGGCCGGGCCGGGUGUCGCGCGCCGAGGCUGGGGGGGAGUCGUCGCCGCCGCCGCCACCGCUACCGCCGCCGCCGCCGCCGCCGAGGUGACUGAGGAGAGAGGCGCCUCCUCGCUCCCGCCCCCGCCGGACUUCAAUGCCCAGUCCCCAGCUCGCCAGCAAGUCUAGGCUGAACUAGAAAAUGUCAUCGUCCUAACAUCUUCAUGAAAGAAGAUACAUCCAGGCUCUGUCCACUUUCCAUAGGUCCCCAUGGUGAAGUUACCAGGGCUCAGGUUUUUCGUUGGAAUAUACGUUGCACAUUUAUGGCGAUUCUGAGUGUGAGGGCAGACUUCUGCCAGGCUCAGCACAGCGUUUUCGCUGACAAGUGAGCUUGGGGGUUCUAUGUGCCAUAAUUAACAUUGCCUUGAAGACUCUGGACACCGAGACUGGCCUCAGAAAUAGUUGACUUUUUUUUUUUUUUUUUUUUUAAUUGCAAGCAUAUUUCUUUUAAUGACUCCAGUAAAUUAAGCAUCAAGUAACAAAAGUGGAAAACGACCUACACUUUUAAUGUGUCUCACUAGUGCCUAAAUGUAGUAAAGGCUGCUUAUGUUUUGUAUGUAGUUGGAUUUUUUUGGACUCCGAAGGAAUCCAUCUGCAGACAUUGAGGCCCAAGUUGAAUUUGGAUUGGAGUGGAUUCUAAAUACUUCUGCUUAUCUUGAAGAGAAAAGCUUCAUAAAGAACAAACAAGUUGAAUAGAGAAAAUACUGAUUGAUAAUAGGCAUUUUAGUGGUCUUUUUAAUGUUUUCUGCUGUGAAACAUUUCAAGAUUUAUUGAUUCCCCCCCCCCCAAUUUUCCCCAUCAUACUCACACACACGCACGCUCACACUUUUUAUUUGCCAUAAUGAACCGUCCAGCCCCUGUGGAGAUCUCCUAUGAGAACAUGCGUUUUCUGAUAACUCAUAACCCUACCAAUGCAACUCUGAACAAGUUCACAGAGGAACUUAAGAAGUAUGGAGUGACAACUUUGGUUCGAGUUUGUGAUGCUACAUAUGAUAAAGCUCCAGUUGAAAAAGAAGGAAUCUACGUUCUAGAUUGGCCAUUUGAUGAUGGAGCUCCACCCCCUAAUCAGAUAGUAGAUGAUUGGCUGAACCUGUUAAAAACCAAAUUCCGUGAAGAGCCAGGUUGCUGUGUUGCAGUGCAUUGUGUUGCAGGAUUGGGAAGGGCACCUGUGCUGGUUGCACUUGCUUUGAUUGAAUGUGGAAUGAAGUAUGAAGAUGCAGUUCAGUUUAUAAGACAAAAAAGAAGGGGAGCAUUCAAUUCCAAACAGCUGCUUUACUUGGAGAAAUACCGACCUAAGAUGCGAUUACGCUUCAGAGAUACCAAUGGGCAUUGCUGUGUUCAGUAGAAAGAAAUGCAAACGAAGGCUUAUGCAAUUGUGGCAUUUAGAGGGAACUCUUGGUACCUGGAAAUGUGAAUCUGGAUUUACCUGUGUCAUCGAAGUAGUGAUGGAUUCAGUACUCCUCAACCACUCUUCUUAAUGAUUAGGAAAAAGUAAACAAAUAAGAAAUCCCUCUACAACAUGAAUAAAAUGUUUAAGAAAAGAAAAAAAUGAAAGAAAAAAGGGAUUAAUUCAGUGAAGGAUGAUUUUCUCCUAGUUUUGGAGUUUUAAUUUCUGUCAGGAUUGAAUUAUUUUAAUAUCUCCUGUCUUUUUUUUUUUUUUUAACUUUUUUUCAAAAUAGGUCUCUAAGGAAAACCAGCAGAAUAUUAGCCUGUGCAGAACCACCUGUUUGGGGAGCACAUUCUUUCAUUAUGCUUGGCACAUAGAUUUCCCUGUGGUGGGAUUUUUGGGGGGAGGAAAGGGGUGCAUUUUUCCCCUCUUUGCUUUCUCUUGUCCCCUCUUUUCCUCUGAUACACAUUGUAGAUGGAAUAGGAGAAGCCCUUAUUGCUGUAGAUUUGCGUGCAGUCUGGCAGCCUUAAGCCCACCUGGGCACUUUUAGAGGAAAAAAAAAACAAAAAAACAAACAAACAAACAAACAAAACACCCAAAAAAAAAAAAAAAAAAAAAAAAAGGUGGCAUGCAGGUGGUUUUAGUCUUUACUGAAGGAGUGUUCAUGUUAGUUUCUUUUCCUCAAAGCCCUGAUCUAACAUUAGGCAAAGUAGCCAAGAGCCUUUCGUUUUGGUAAAUUAGUGGGGAAAUAGCUUUUGAAGAGGAGUCUUCUCAAAAAACUUAGCUGAGAGUAGAAUUCUUCUCUUUCCCAACCAAUGAAGCUAAGUGGGUAUCCCAGAAACUUGUUUUCUGAGAGGACAGCUCUAGUCCAUUACUAAAAAUAUGUCCAGGCAGCGAAUUAGCACACUCUACAAAUGGUAGAAUCGUGGACUAUAGCACUACUCUGAUUUUCUGUCUAAUGUCAGGGAAUGCUGGUAGCUUAAAAUUUUUACUUUAGGACUUAUUUGUACUCUGAAUUUUCAGAAAUGGCCGGAGGAGCAACAACAAAUUCACAAUAUUUAGGUCUUGAGAAAUGCUUGUGGUGGUCAUUUUCUGAACUACUCCCAAUAUGAAUAGUUCAGUUGAACCACUGAAUGCCUUGUUAUUUUCUUUCUAGAUUCUUUUUGAGAUU